AUGUGGCUGGAGUUAAGCGAGCAACAGGAAGAAAGAAUAGAAGAUGAUGACAAAGAGUGGAGCAAGAGAAGGGGUUCGGCUGCCCUGCUCGCAAAGCUGCUCAGGCGGUCUGUACCAGCCCUAGCAGAGCCCUCACCGUCCUCCUCCCGCGCCCCCAAAACAUCCAGUAGCGCCGUCCCCGAGGGCCAGCUUCGCGAAGAGAGAUCCCGAAGGCGGUCACUGGACGCGCGUGUUACAGAGCCCGUUUUUGUUUUGUUUAAAAAACAGAUUCCUAUCAGAGCCAAGCCUCCCUACCCCCGGGGAAUAGGGGGCACCGGCAGCAAGGGCCCCGGCGUGGAGAGCGAGAAUAAAAGAAUACAACCUGCCGUGCGAGCCAGCGGCGGAGGGAGGGAAAGCCCUCCACGCCACCCCGAGCGGCCGGAGCCUCCCCGGUCCCGCCCCGCGCCCGCCGCCCUGCCCCGGCGCCGGCCGCAGCCUCCCGCCCUCCCCGACCCUCCCAGGACGCGUUUCCUCCGGAGCCGGACCCCCGCCCUGGCCUCCCCGCGGGAUAAGGCGGGUCAGUUCAGUCCGCUUCUCGGCAGAGGUGACUCGCGCAGAGAUGUAAACACAGCGAGACCAGCUGCGCUCGGCCCAUCCCCCUCGCCGGGGUCCGUAACCUCUUCCCUCAGCCCGGCCCCGCGCCCCGCGCCCCCCACGGGCAGGCGCGCAGCGCGCCGUCCCCUUUCUCCAAGUCCCGCUCCCCGACCGUUGCCCGGGGCACUCAGCCCCGUGCCCCAGCUCCCCGCCGUUGUCACCGCCACAGGCUCCGGAAAACCCCUCCGCAAACCCCGGAGCAAACAACACAGGCGCGGGGCGGGGGCGCGGAGGGAGGCGGCGGCACUCGGGACAGCGAGGCUUUAUCGCCGCGCCCUCGGCGCUCCCUCCCACCAGCCUCGGCCGCCCGCGCUCUUACCUGCUGUCCGCGUCGCCUGGGAAGACCACGGCGUCGCUUCCCUCUCGGCAGGGCCGCGGACUCGCCACCGCCGCCGCCGUUGGCCGGGCGUCCGGAGGGAGCCGGGGCCUCCCCGGCAGCCGGAGCCGCUCCACUGGGAGAGGAGGAGACAAAACAGCGGCGCGCCGCCCCGCGCAGCAAAUUACCACCCGCCCAACGGCCGGGCCGCGCGGCGGUUGGUGCCCGCGUUUGCUGAGUGUCGGGCGGCGGGGCUCAGCGCGCAGCUGCGGAGCGCGGCGGGCGGCCCCUUGGCGCUGCCCCCGGAGCUGCGGGCGCCCGCACCGAGCCAUUGUCGUUCGUCGCUCGGUCAGCAACGGAGAAGUAACUCAAAGUCCGAGUAUUGUUGGCGUGAGAAUUGCGGGAGUGUAUUGGUGCGGGAGCAUUUUGGUCCAAGUGCCUACGAAUUCGAAAAUGAAAACCCAGCAGUUGCUGCGCGCUUCUGGUUUCCCACUUUCACACAAAGGGGAACCUCUGAGCAGGGCACUCACGCGCCUUCAAUUAUGCAUACAAACGCCUCAGUCUAUUCCCCCCCACCACACUUCGCCGCCGCCGCGUUUUCUCGUAUUUGUUUCUUUAACAAAGAGCAGUGGCUGUCCCGGUGUGCGUGGGGACUGAUUCCGCCCCCCUCUCGGGCUCCUGCAGCCGCACUCCGAUGGCCCCGGCGCUGUGUGCACCAGGUUCUUUUCUGGGCUCCAGCCUUCCUCUUUUUGCGGCUUGAGCGAAGUCCUGAGCGAAGAAGAAACCCGGAGGAACAGAAGUGGUAG